AUGGAAGAAAACUCAACCAGAAAUUCAACCAGUUUUUUUGGUCGGAUAUCAAAUCCAAAACUUGACAUCGAAGCUUUGACCGGGCUGAUACUUUUAUACUCGCUUACAACUCUGUUGUCCAUAAUAGGGAAUAUAUUCGUCAUCAUAGUUUUUAAAAAUGGAAACCGGUCCCGGACGGAUUUGCGGCCUUUUCUGAUUAACUUAGCUAUAGCUGAUCUUAUGAUGGCUCUGUUUUGCAUGCCCUUUACAUUUGCCGAUGCUGUUUUCGGUACAUGGAUAUUUUUGAAGGAAUUAUGCCCGAUCGUUCUUUUUGUUCAAAUGAUGUCUGUGGCGGCCAGUGUUUUUACAAAUAUGGCGAUCGGAAUCGACCGAUUCUUGGUUGUUAUGUACCCUCUUCAUCACCGUUUUACUCUUCAACGAUACAAGUAUGUUAUGAUUGCCAUUUGGAUUAGUUCCGUAACUUUUGGGUCUGUUCAACUUAUUGUUGCAAGGACUACUCGAAUGAAUUCCGGAUUACUGAAAUGUGACGAGGUCUGGUCUUCGCCAUAUUCGAGAAAAGUGUAUACCAUUUUCAUUCUGUUAUUUACCUAUAUUAUACCACUGGUGAUUUUAGCUGUGACUUACUCAAUUGUUGCAUUUCUCCUAUGGAAAAGAACAUCUCCGGGAAAUAAAGAUCGUUACAGGGAUUAUCUGCAGUGGCGUUCAAAGAUUAAGGUAAAACAAAUUACAUUUGUCAGAUUAUCUCCAUUAUCACCAUCAUGGCAACUUUGA